GAACCAUUUGAACAGCGCCGAACACAAACUCUGGCCUUGUCAUGUUUGGAUUCUCAGCUGCUGUGAGUGCUAAGUGCUGAGUGGUAGUACAACCCGACUACUUAUAUUUAAAAGGUCUCUUGAUUGUGUGAAAAGGUUUUCAGAUAUAUCUGUUGUCACGUCAUCAGAAGUUUAGGAUAGUUUGGUUUGACCAACAUUUACAUGCACCGUCUUGAAAUAAUUUGAGACGAAAUAUAUAUUGCGUUACGCUUCCAGAAUCCAUACAUCUUCAUUUAUCGGAAACAAGUCUUUAACUGGAGUUCCACCAUGCAUCUUUUCACGCAGAGUUCGAAGAAUGGAAUAAGCGUUUUGAAUUAUCAUCAGGUCACACUCAUUCCCAUCUUUUAGGUGGGUUCAUAGUAGGCUGUUUCAAGAAAAUCAGAUUAUCCCAUCCUCCUGCAUCCAUAAGCUUUCUCAGCACAUCUGAAAACAAGUGUGUUAUUGCACUGACUUAUUCUAUCCGGUCGAAUUUUACUCCAGUUUACAUCCGCCCCAUACCUGAACACAUUCUUCCCGACCAUGGGCCGCAAAUAUCCUUCGGAAACGCCUCGCAGUGCCAUGCGUGGCCAGUGUAAUGGAUCUAGUGUCUUGGUACAACGCACACAUAAAUCACCUUCAUUAGAGUGCAGUGCAGAUUGGUUUAAACAAGAAAUCAAAUGUCAAAUGGAACGAGGUGGUUUAUUUGAGGAUCCAUUUAUGCCUGCUACCGACUCAACUAUCAAAUCAGGAUCUGGAUCGAGUAAACAAAGUUACAGAUGGCUGAGACCUGUUGAACUUAGCAGGUGCCCACGUUUUGUUGCAGAUGGAGUUAGUCGCUUCGAUAUUAAACAAGGUGAACUUGGAAACUGUUGGGUUAUAGCUGCCUUGGCCUCAUUAUCAAUGUAUCCAGAAUUAUUUAAUCAAGUUGUCCCACCUGAUCAAUCAUUUGAAAAAUCAUCAAAAUAUCCGUAUGUGGGAAUGUUUUGGUUUCGAUUCUGGCAAUUCGGUGAUUGGUACGAUGUUGUUGUAGAUGAUCGUUUACCAACUCGUAAUGGACAUUUAGUAUUUAUGCAUUCCUCAGAUCCUAAUGAAUUUUGGUCAGCUUUAUUAGAGAAAGCCUAUGCUAAACUUGUGUCGUCUUAUGAUGCGCUUCGUGGUGGGUGUACAGCAGAAGCAAUGGAAGAUUUCACUGGUGGUCUUACAGAACUUGUUGAUUUAGGUGCGAAAGCUCCUACUAAUAUAUUCGGCAUUAUGGAACAUGCAUUGAAUCGUGCCUCUUUAAUGGCUUGUAGUAUUGAUGCUGAUCCACAUGAGAUUGAAGCGAAUGGUCCGUUAGGAUUAAUUCUUGGUCAUGCCUAUUCUGUAACCGAUAUACGACAGGUUCAUACUAAUUAUCAAUCUCAAAGUAUUCGUCUAAUCCGUCUACGUAAUCCAUGGGGUAACGAUCGUGAAUGGUCAGGUCCUUGGAGUGAUCAAUCUAGAGAAUGGAGAAAUAUUCCACCUGAUGAACGAAAACGAAUUGGUCUCACUUUUGAUGAAGAUGGUGAAUUUUGGAUGUCUUUCGAUGAUUUUGUACGUUAUUUCUCACGUCUUGAGUUAUGUCACCUUGGACCAGAAUCCAUAGCUUACAGUCCAGGUCCUGUCAACCGUCGUUGUGAUAAACGUCAAUGGGAAAUGAUAUGUGAAGAAGGUGAAUGGUUGCGUAAUUCAACUGCUGGAGGUUGUUCAAAUUUUCCCAAUACAUUUUACAUGAAUCCACAAUUUCAUGUUGAGGUUGUUGGUCCAGAUGAGUCAGAUACAGAUGGUAAUGGCACUCUUGUAGUUGGUUUGAUGCAGAAGGGAUUAAGAGAAAAACACAUUGAACCUCAUGUGAUUGGUUAUUCUGUAUUUCGGAUGCCUCCAUCUGCUCCAAACAAUCGACUGUUAGAUCGAAGGUUUUUUAUGACUAAUUCAUCUGUAGCUCGAUCACCAGUAUUUAUUAAUAUGCGUGAAGUUUGUGGUAGGCAUAAAUUAAAACCAGGCCAUUAUGUGAUUAUCCCGUGUACAUUUAAUCCAAAUGAAGAAGCUAAAUUUAUGCUGCGUAUAUUCUCUGAACGAGCAUGUGGUUCAAAUGAGUUAGACGACGAUACUCGGAUCACUUUUAUGGAUGGACCUGAUCACCCAAUUAGAACAGCUGAUGAUAAUUUAAUAGAGAAAUUGCAAGUUGUCUUCAAUAAAAUAGCUGGUCCAACUGGAGCAAUCACAUAUACUCAAUUACAAGAUAUAUUAAAUGAAGCAUUUACAAAAGACUUUCCAUUCGAUGGAUUUAGUCGAGAAACUGCUAGAAGUAUGAUGGCCUUAAUGGAUGCUGAUUUAAGCGGUGGUUUGGGCUUUGAUGAAUUCAAAAAGCUAUGGAUGGAACUACGCAUUUGGAAGACUAUUUUCAAAAAAUUCGAUGAAGGUCAUACUGGUAGCUUAGAAGCUUUCGAAUUAAGAAAUGUAAUGAGGACCAUCGGUUUUCAUGUCAGUAAUAUGAUUUUCAAGGCUAUUGCUUGUCGAUAUGCAAAUGAAAAAGGUCAAAUUUUAUUUGAUGAUUACAUUUUGUUAUUGAUCCGACUAUCCACUGUUUUCGAAACAUUCAAAGCACAAGAGCGCACUCGAGAUGGCCGAGCUGUCUUUGGAGCUGACGAUUUUAUUCGCUCAGUUAUAUAUAUUUAGAGACCCCAAUUAAACCGCCAUCAUAAUAAUAUUUGUGAAUACAGGCAUGUAUGAUACAUAUACACACAACAGAAGAAACCGGCUACUUAUAUGUGUAUACAACUCUUACAGAGAUGCCGACCGUGAUAAUUGGAUUAUUUUGCUAUUUGCUUUUUUUGUUUUGAUUUUGCAUGCUCAAAAGAAAACUUACAAUAUAUUUAUUAUCUUACAAAAUGUCAUUUAUACCUUUUGGCAUAGAAAACGCACUGGUUUGCUUUUAUUUACUUGAUUAUUAUUAACUAUGCUAUAAAUAGUUCUUAUUGAAAUUGUCAUAGAAGGUUGAAUCAACUGAGCCAGCAUAGUACUGUAACAGAUUUUAAUGAUGUUUUGUUCUCUGAGCUCGAUGGUUUGGUCGUGGAGCUUUUAUCGUUCUUCUGAACGACAUCACAAAGAACAGUGGUUGAUUUUACAAAUUCACCGACAUACAAUCUGGCGAAAUACUUAACUAGGAUACUUAAACGAUAUAGCAAAUUGAUUAAUCAUGGAAUUAAAAACAUCUAUUGAAUUCAAGAAUAAUAUCGAUAACACCUAUAUAGAAUAUGAUCAAUUAAUUAGGUAAACUGAACAUUGAAGAUGUAAUAUAUCCAUAGAUUGUUUUUUUUCAUUCACUGAUUCUACUAGUAUCCUACAACAAUCCACUGUCAUUUAAUUUUAGAGCAUUUUGAUCAAUAAUU